CCUCGCGUGGCCGUGAAGAUGGCCUUCCGCAAGGCCUACUCCAUCAAGGACAAGCUGCAAGCCAUCGAGCGCGUCAAGGGCGGCGAGCGGCAGGCCAGCGUGUGCCGAGACUUCGGCGUGCCGGGAGGCACGCUUCGCGGCUGGCUCAAGGACGAGCCCAAGCUGCGUUGGUUCCUGGAGCAGCUGGGCGGCGAGGUGGGCACGCAGCGCAAGAAGAUGCGGCUGGCCAACGAGGAGGAGAUCGACCGCGCCGUCUACUCGUGGUUCCUGGCGCUGCGCCAGCACGGCGUGCCGCUGUCAGGGCCGCUCAUCCAGGCGCAGGCCGAGGCCUUCGCGCGCCAGAUCUACGGGCCCGAGUGCACCUUCAAGGCCAGCCACGGCUGGUUCUGGCGCUGGCAGAAGCGCCACGGCAUCUCCAGCCAGCGCAUCUAUGGCGAGGCCGAGCCGCUGGCCGCGGGCCCCGCGUCGGGCCCGCCCGUUAAGCAGGAGCCCGCGCAGUCCCCCAGCUCCACCUCUGGGCCCCUGCCCGAGCGGGCCCCGGCCCCGCCGCCCCCCGCCGAGGGCGGCUACGGAGACGAGCAGAUCUACAACGCGAACGUCACUGGUCUCUAUUGGAAGCUGCUUCCGGAGCAGGCCGUGCCCCUGGGCGCGGGAGACCCCGGUGCGGGGGGCUGCGGCCGCCGCUGGCGGGGCGACCGGGUAACGGUGCUGCUCGCCGCCAACCUGACCGGCAGCCACAAGCUGAAGCCGCUGGUCAUCGGGCAGCUGCCAGACCCGCCCAGCCUGCGCCACCACAACCAGGACAAGUUCCCAGCCUCCUACCGCUACAGCCCGGACGCCUGGCUCAGUCGCCCACUGCUGCGGGGCUGGUUCUUCGAGGAGUUUGUCCCUGGCGUGAGGCGCUACCUGCGCCGCAGCUGCCUGCAGCAGAGGGCGGUGCUGCUGGUGGCCCACCCGCCCUGCCCAAGCCCCACCGCCAGGACGCCUGCCCUGGAGGAGAGUGAGGAAGCCCUCAGGCGGUGUCGGCUGGAGCCCCUCAGCUCCCCAGAAGAGCUGCAGACCCCGGAUGGGGCCGUGCGGGUGCUGUUCCUGUCCAAGGGCAACGGCAGGGCACACAUCCCCGCCCCCCUGGAGCAGGGGGUGGUGGCCGCCUUCAAGCAGCUGUACAAGCGGGAGCUCUUGAGAUUGGCGGUGUCCUGUGCAGGCGGCUCCCCGUUGGACUUCAUGCGCAGCUUCAUGCUCAAGGACAUGCUGUACCUGGCCGGCCUCUCCUGGGACCUGGUGCAGGCCGGUAGCAUCGAGCGCUGCUGGCUUUUGGGCUUGCGGGCAGCCUUCGAGCCCCGGCCGACCGAGGGGUGUGCCGGGCAGCCGGUGGGCCAGGCCGAGGAGGCAGCAGAGCGCAGCCGGGUGCUCAGCGACCUCACGCACCUGGCGGCCCUGGCCUACAAGCGCCUGGCGCCCGAGGAGGUGGCCAAGUGGCUGCAUCUGGACGAUGAUGGGGGGCUGCCUGACAGCUGCAGAGAGGAGGCAGGCCCUGGCCGGCCCCCGGUGCUGGCCCCUGCUGCCCCUCCACCCCCUGCCAGCCUGUCCUGUGUCAUGGGAGGUGGAGAGGAGAAGGAGGAGGAGGAGGCCACCGUGCCCACUGCUGGGGAGGCUGUCCGGGGUCUGGAGACAGCUCUUCGGUGGCUGGAGAACCAGGACCCCCGGGAGGUGGGGCCACCAAAGCUGGUGCAGCUGCGCUCGCUGAUCAGCGUGGCCCGGAGGCUGGGGGGCGUCGGUCCCUCUCCUGCAGUCCUGGAGGACGGGGUGUGACCAAGCCAGCGCAGGUGGCCCUCCAGUGGCUGUUUUCCUGCUGCACUUGGAGGGAGGGGAUGCACACAGGCUUUGCAUCUCCCCUCCCUCCCCAGAGGUGCCCCCCAUGGCUCAGGACCCCAGCACAGGCUGAUGUGGAGGGGCUCUAUUGGUGAAGGGUCGUCCUGCUCCACUGGCCCCCCAUCUCCUGCGGUGGAGCUAGAAGGGAGGCCUGGAGCUCAUACACCUCCUCCCUGGGCAAGCACGCUCGUGGGGUGUGGUUCUAGCCAGGUCCCUUGCCGUGCACACGACGCAGUGCCCUUAGCAGAGCAGCAGUCGGCGUUCCCGCCCUGGCCUUUGUGGGGCUGAGAUCGUCAGGCCCGUGCCUGUCUGGACCUCCUGCCCUCCUCCCUGGUGGCCCGUCACAGGCCCUGGGCAAGUGUCCAGCACUCCUGUCAGUCUGGAGCCCUGGUGCUUCAUGGUUCCCGAGCCACGCCGUGCAGUCCUCUCCGUGCAGAGGCACACUGCUCAGUUUUGGGUUUUAGCACAGUAAGUCCAUUUUUACAGAUACCCGUUACAGGAGCCAGGUUGGUGUUUCACUCAUCCCCCAGCCUGGGGCCGGUCUUGGAGGUUGGCUCUCUCAGUUGGCAAGGAAGGAUAGUGCCCACGCUCAGGGGUCCUGAGGUUCUGGAUGAGUGUAGAUUUCUGUCCCACUGGGGUUGUCAGUUUUCCGUAGGAAAAUUCCAUUCCAAAGUCCCGCUCUUAUUCUGUGGGGUUGGCAGCCUUCUAGACCUGGACCCUGGGGACAUGACCAACGAUUGAACGAGCUCCCCAGACCAGCCACAGCCCGCUUUGUCCAGCCCUGGGACCUGGAGCCAUGCCACCUACCUGGCGCAGGCCUGUGGCACCGACAGCCAUAGCGGGACAAUCCUACAGUGCCUUAGUGCCCUCCAAGCCUUCGCCAUCCCUCCGACACUGCCAAGGGCUUGGCGAAGGAGCAGCGUCCCACAGCCCCAGGAACUGGGCUUUCGAGUGGUCCAGUUAGAGAGAGGGAGGCACGUGUUCAUGUGUCACUGCCCAGCCCAGAGCUCGGAGUCCUGCGGGAGGUCUGGGACCCGGAGGCACCCGGGGUCUCCGGACACUCCGGGUCUGCAGCCUGCACCCCUACCCACCCUGCAUGCUCCCACGAGUUGGAGACUGCAGACAGGCUGUGUGCUGGCCUGAGGGAGGCCUGGGAGCAGCGUCCCCACAAGUCUGGGGACACAGGCCACACCUUGGAGCUGUUCUCGGUCGGAACGUGUGUGGGCAUGUUAACACAUAGAUCUCAAAUCUGAGAGCCGAGGGGAGAAGUGGAGAAUUUGGAAGCAAGGCCUGACUGGACAGGCCCAGGGCACCAGCGUCCAGCUGGGGUCCAGCUGGCACCUCUGCGUGCCCAUCUCCAGCCUGCACCCCCAGAGGAGCCUGCGGCUGGCUGCGGCCGGCCCUGGGACUCUAACCCAAGCAGCUGGCAGAGGGCUUUGGGAAGUCUUAUACCACCUGAUGGCAACUCAGGGACGCCGGGCUGGGAGCCGUUGGCUGAAGCGGCCAGCCUGCCGGGCCCACUGCAGGGGUGACUGGAGAGGCCGACCUCAGGCAGGGGUGCGCCUGGGGCCCCAGAGAGUGUCUGCAGGAGAAUGGCAAAGGUUGCUGCUUUUCCAGAAAGUGACUGGUGGGCAGGGGCCUGGUUAGGGCAUCCAUUGGUGUGGCAGCGGGCUGAGGUGGGAAACACUGAGAAGGCGAGCAGGUGUGCAGCUUCCUGCUAAAACCCCCCAGACAUGAGGUGGAUUGCAGGUGCAGUGUUAGCAUGUGGGGAGGGAAACGGAGCACCCGCAAGCUGAGGGGACCAGGGACCCCCAGCCCGUGCCCCUGCCUAGUGCAGGUCAGGAUUGCCCUGGGGAGCCCUAGGAAGGGCACUGGGCACUGCCUGUCCCCAGAUAAGGGUGUCCCCAGGCAAGGCUGGUCUCCGGAGGCGUGUCCUUGAGGGGACAGUGGGCUUAUGAGGUACACGCUCUGUUGAGCCUUUUCACACCCACCCUCACUGAUGGUGGGGCGCAGCCAGCCAGCCCAGUGCGCUUUAUAAUAAAGGCUCAUGUCAACUUCAUACACA